GCGCUGCCAACAUACACUGGUCCAUAUCCCGUUGGAACGAUGGAAAUCGAGGUGCCUGCCUCUGCACCACAGACUUUCAGCCACAUCACGCGCAAUAAACGACAUAUAUUGCAGCUGGAGACUGUCUUAAUGACUAUCUACUAUCCGGCAUCAACCGAUCAAGAGGACAAGCUUCCAAAGCGAGGGUCGCGGUUCUCAAGGGAACUCUGGCUUGGAAGACCACGAUUAGGCAUCGCCGAAGGAUAUGGCCGGUUUGCAGGGAUUGGGCUUCUUGGUAUUCCCAUCUUUUGUACGACUAUGUUCACAAAGCUUCCGGCAUUUCGCAAUGCGCCUCUCGCCCACUACUGGACUCCUCCGGCAGAUACUAAGACAGAGGGUCUGAAAGCCAAACGCGAAUAUGGACCUGCGCCGCCCGGAGCCCCAGAUACCCCAUCUUUCCCUUUGAUACUUUUCAGUCAUGGUCUCGGAGGGACUCGAACGAUGUACUCGUCGGUGUGCGGUGAGUUCGCUAGCUAUGGCUUCGUUGUGGUUGCCGUAGAGCAUCGCGAUGGAAGCGGUCCUCGUACUUACAUCAACCAUGCCAAGCACGGCGAAGGCACUGCUACAGAUCUGGAGAGACGCGGCGGAGUUGACCAUCAUCAACGGGAGAAGAAGCAAGGCUACGGCAUCGUGAAUUACAUCUUUCCGAAAGACAACCCUAUGGAUACCUCUCCAAACAAUGACAAAGGUGUAGACACUGAGCUUCGCAAAGCCCAAAUCGACCUUCGCAUGGCUGAGUUAGAGGAAGCAUAUAGUGUGAUGAGUGAGCUGGUAAUUGGUAACGGCAAAAUGAUCGCGGAUCGCAAUUUGCGAAAGAAAGGCUACAUCGGUUCAAGUCGGCAUGGCCUAGAAAGCAUUGACUGGUCCAGCUGGAAAGGCCGUGUGCGAACGGAUCACGUAACGAUAUGCGGCCAUAGCUUUGGCGCUGCAACAGCCACCGAGAUUCUUCGACGAAACGAUCGAUUCGACUAUGUCUCGCAAGGCAUCAUCUAUGAUAUCUGGGGUGCCGGAACCAAGCCGCCCAAUGACAAUGAGCCUGAGCAUCGAAUUCAUGCGCCUAUCAUUGCUAUCAACAGCGAGGCCUUCACCUACUGGCCCUCGAAUUUCCAGCUUGUUGAAUCCUUGGUGAAAGAAGCUCAAAGCGAGCCGUUUGCAUCACCUGCAUGGCUAAUGACGAUUCGAGGGACUGUCCACAUCUCUCAAUCUGACUUUUCCCUGCUGUACCCGCAUAUCUCAAGCAUCUUCUUAAAAAUGGUAGCCAAUCCACGAAGAGCUCUAGAUCUCAAUAUCAAUGCUUCUCUAGAGUUCCUGGACCAAACACUACCCGAGGAUCUGGCCAUUGUGAAUCGAGCAUACAAAAAUGAGAGUCUACUCGAAGCUGAGCUCAGCCCGCUAGAGAAGAUCCCAACCAUUGAAAUGCAUAGGCCAAAGGAGAAGUACAUUGCUGCGCGCUUGAAGAUCCGCCACGAAUGGGUGUACAGGAUUUCUCCGAAGCUGUUUCGAGCGCUGAAACGCAAGGAGGCUAAGAGACAUGGUCGUUCACCACAGUUGGGUGAUGAAAUAUGGCUGCACUGCAAGCCCAGCAAAGCAAUUGUCGAGGACUAUCUUCGGAGA